CCACAUAAGGCGCUAGAUUGAAGGUAAGGCCAUGCGAUAGACUAGAGUCCUGUCUAGCGGGUCCAUCAAACUGCCUCAUGCUACAGAAACUAAAGACCUGCUCCUCGGGCAAGGAGACUUACUAAAUGUGUUCUGAAUCAUGUAAAACAGUCCAAUAGCACCACCGACAGUCUUAUCACUCCUUUUCAUGAACAUCAAACUCCAGGUGCCAAGCAGGGCACAAAUAUGUUCCGGUAUUAUCUGUAUAUUGCUUGUGUUACUGUCUGGUAGCAGUGGGCUGUGGGUGGUGAGGUGAUUUGCAUUCAUAUCAGUGUUUAUAUCAGCCACAGUGUACAAUAACUUUCUGUAGAGAUGCUCACUCAUUCCUCGUCCAGGGAACUCCGUGCAUGACCAGAGAUCCAGCACAAGAGAUGGUACCAAUGAAGGCGAGGACAGGGACAGGCUUGUAUUCACUUGCUUGCCUUCUCAUGAUCAGUAGUGUCUGUUCUACCUGUGUUCCCUUGAUGUGUCUAAAGUGCAACUUAACCCACUCACCUGGAAUAUCUGCUGCGGGAUUACCAGACAAUGCCAUCUGUGACAUCCUGUGCUCAGACACUACCCAAUGCUUCAAUGCUACUAUUCAACAGUACUGCUCAAAAGAUUUUAAAGUGUUACUCAACACCAGUUCUGGGUUCAAAGUGCAGGAGGGUGAUAACCUCGACAUUGAGUGUUCCCAUAACCUGCCGGUGGAACCAAAAAGCCCGCUGGUCUUUGUCUGGCUGAUGGAUGGCGUCCACCUGAAGGGCAAGAACAGUAGCAUGCUCACCGUGAAGAAGGUUGGUAUAGAUACCUCUGGCAAGGAGAAAUAUGCCUGCACCAUCCAGAGUCCCUGUGGCAACUUCACCUCAGAACCAAAGGAGAUUGAAGUUGAAGUGUUUUUAUUUCCUACCAAUUCCUGGGGAUGUCUGUCCCUCUGUGCUGUCUCCAUGUGUGUCAGACGUGACGAUGUUGGUCAUAGUGAUCUGUGGUGUGUCUGCUGUGGUGCUGAUCCUGGCCAUGGGUAUAGGCAUGAAGAUCAUGCUGAAGAUGGAAUUUGCGAAGACAAAGAACAGGAGGCAGCAGAAUGCUCAGAACCUACAGAGAACUACAGCAGAGUAGUGUUUCAUUUUCUGCAAAUUCCACCAAAUGUCCUACAUGAGAAAAUGGCAAAAAUUUGACAUGAUUACACUGUAAAUGGAUAAAUAUGUAGCUAACAAUUUUAUUGUUGUAUUUGCAAUUUAAUCAACAUAAUUUUAUCUCAAAGUCAGUGUUUAACAUGGAGAGCCACAGAUAUGUUGAUCCUCUGGCAGUGCCACACAGCAAGUUUGGAGAUUUGUCCCAAUAAAUAAUAUGCCAAAUUCAUGAUAUUUAUUAAUAAACAUUUGUGUAUGUUUGUGUUUAUA